UUCGCCGGUUAGUCGGUUCAUAUCUUUUUUGCCGCUCACAUAAACGACAGGCGAAAUGAACGCGCAAAACAUAACGAACACAUUCGAAAUUUAAAUCGAUUUGACAGUUGAUUUAUUUUAUCUGACGUUUGCGAUAUUGCAGUUUUAUGCCUUGAAUUGUUUUGUGGUGAUAUUUUGAGUGGCAGUGGAGUGUUUAUGGUUAUAAUGUUAUGGUGAUUGGAAAUGCUAGUGGGUGAACAGUCGCCGGCGCCCCGGGUGGUAGCCGGCUUGCUGAAACUUCGACCUGAACUGACGCCGGGACCUUUUCCUACGCCUGCAGAUCCAAAUUUUCGGAUAUCAGGUGUCCUCCGCCAGUAUUACAAUGACGACGCCGAGUCAUGGGCAUGGGUGCACGCCGCCGUACGCGGUGGGUGCUUGCUCGCGUGUCGGGAUGGCACCCUGCCCAGGCGGUCAGCGGCCAGGUUGCCCCUGCGACACCUGCACCUGCGAGCUGCGGCCAAGUUACCCAACGCGUUCCAGCUGUCGCGACUGCGCGACGACUCCUCCAUUGCCACGUUUCAGGCUUGCAAUGCGACGGAUUACGCCCGAUGGGUACGAGCACUAUGCGUUGAAAUACUUGGACAGACACCGUUACCGCAAGUUAGAUUUUUGGACGUGUUGCCGGCCGCGGACACGUGUAGUAAGGCACCAAAGAAAGAACCUCUCCAGGAGACACCUGUCUGCCCUCCUAGACCGCCACCUAGAGCACGGAGAAGACUGUUGCCCGCAACUGAAACGCAGCUACCUCGGCGAGACCAGUCCCCGGUCGCAACGGACGAGGGCAUCGUAGUAGAAGACUACGAUUAUGAUUCAUCGUCCGAUCGCAGUCUAGACCUAUCCUCCUCUCUCGACGCUUUAAAAACCUUAGACGCAGUUGAUGCGCCAAUACGAAAAGCUGAGGUGAUCAAAUGUGACAAUUGCAGCAAACUGAACGCCACACCGCCGCAGCAUCACACUUUACCGCGUGCGAGGGCAAAUGAAAAUGAAAUAGGUCGACAUCGUUAUCUAAAAAGAUGGGAGGGUCCAAUGGGCAGAGCGGAAAGAGGUAGAUUUACAAUGGAAGCUGCGAGAAGAAAGGCAGCGUCGUUAGAGAACCGGGCGAGGUCAUGUUCGCCGAAUUCACACGAAGUUGUGUCCAAGUACGUUCCCGUACGAGAGAGGCGCGCUUUGUUCGAAUCUUUGUCGCAAAGCGGAGGUAGUCUGGCGCGAAGUAGCGAGCAGUUGGCACGUCCAGUGCCGGUGAUGGAGACGACGCCUCGAAGAGCAGCGUCGCUGCACGACCUACAGGCUCCUCCGACGAGGUCAGUCAGCGACUUGCGGCAGUUCUUCGAGGCAGUGGCGCGCGGCGCGGGUCCGUGCUCUGGCCUUCAGCGGCACAGCGUACCCCCCAACCCUGUGCCGCGCGCCUUCACUUCGCUCACCUGUGCCUGACCGAACUCUUUGUACAUAUUGUAUAUAGGACUCACGGCGUUGACCGCUGAUCGUCUCUAAGUCGUUUGUUUUAAGACUGUUAAAAGUAUUGUUAUAAAGUACCUAAUAUAAACUUAUUAACUAUU